AUGGUGGACAUAUUACGCGACAUCGUAUAUCUCAAUGUCCUAGGCCGACAUAUGAUCAUUCUCGGAUCGUACGCAGCGGUGUCCGACUUACUCGAGAAGCGAUCGGCAAACUAUUCGGACAGGCCACGUACGGUAAUGGGGGAACUGUGCAUCGUGUAUUCCUUGCCAGGCUAUCAUAUCAUGGCUUACUGA